CAUGUUCUAAAAUUCUCCCCUGGGGUACCUGUAUUGUGUUUAAAGGUAGUGCAGCCCAGUCUUUUAGAGCCUCUGGCCCGCUAAAUCUAAACUCCUUCUGUUUUAGUCCUAGGUUCAGGCGGGCCUGACUGGUUGCUGCUUUCCUUUUUGUCUCACCGUGGCAUUGAGUGUUAGGGAAAAGAAAGACUCCGCAGGAACGAGCACUUCGGCGCAAAAAAAAAACCCGAAUAGGAGUUUUAAGUCCCUGAACCCUCCCACAGAGGAGAUAUAAGGGAGAGUGUCAAGACUGAAAUCUGCAUUCCUCUAAUGUGGUCAUCUGAAGACGGACAGCGACUGCACUACUACUAACCACUCAACCUGAUCAAGCCUGUUCACAAGCCAGCACGGAGUAGGAGGAGACAGACACCGUAGUGUAAGAGGUGCUGAAAACCUUCUCGUUGUCUCAAUUCAUUUUCUACGUUUUUGGGAUGAUCAUGCAGGACUGACCAUACUUAAAAACAGACAGCAUUAUUAUUUUGUUUAUUUGGAAUUUAGGUGGAGAGGAGGACCUAUUUUAAAAAUCCGGUUACCAGGAAUAGCAUUCAACAAAAUAAAAGUGGGAUCCCUCUCAGAAUUUGAAGGAUUGAGCACCAGAAUUAGAACAUCUCAGCACCAUGGUACUGCUGGACACAGAGUUUGGGGUGAAGGGCAGCAGCAUCAUCAGAGAAUGGAGUGGACAGGUCCAGCCAGCUCUGGUCGCCUCCUUUGUUUUCCUCUUCUGUCUAGAAGCCUGUCUAUGGGUCAGGAAUCUCAGACUCAAGAGAAGGCUGCCAGGACCCUUUGCCUGGCCGGUGGUCGGCAAUGCCAUGCAGCUGGGGCAGAUGCCUCAUAUCACCUUCUCCAAGCUGGCAAAGAAGUACGGCAACGUGUAUCAGAUACGACUGGGCUGCAACAACAUAGUGGUGCUCAAUGGAGACACAGCAAUACAAGAAGCCUUGGUGCAACACAGCACAGAGUUUGCAGGCAGACCCAACUUUGUGUCUUUUCAGUCAGUGUCUGGUGGUAACAGCAUGACAUUCUCUAACUACAGCAAACAGUGGAGGACCCACCGGAAGAUCGCUCAGUCCACCAUUAGAGCUUUCUACUCUGCCAACAGCCAGACCAAAAAAGCAUUUGAACAGCACGUUGUUGCAGAGGCUACUGAGCUCAUUGAAGCUUUCCUCAAACUCAGUGCUGAUGGACAGUUUUUCAACCCUGCUCACGAACUGACAGUAGCUGCUGCAAAUGUAAUCUGUGCACUGUGCUUUGGAAAGCGUUAUGGCCAUGAUGACAUGGAGUUUAGAACCCUUCUGGGCAGUGUGGACAGGUUUGGAGAGACGGUGGGGGCUGGCAGCUUGGUCGAUGUCAUGCCCUGGCUUCAAUAUUUCCCAAAUCCUGUCCGCAGUGUCUACCAGAGCUUCAAAGACCUCAAUAAAGAGUUUUUCACCUUUGUGAGAGACAAGGUGGUGGAGCACAGGGAGACGUUUGACCCUGAAGUGACCCGGGACAUGAGUGAUGCCAUUAUUCAGGUAAUUGACAAGGCAGGCCAUGAUACCGGGUUGACGGAGGCCCACACAGAAGGAACUGUGUCCGAUCUGAUUGGUGCAGGACUGGAUACUGUGUCAACUUGCCUUCAUUGGAUGCUCCUUUUAUUGGCAAAAUACCCCAACAUCCAAACCAGACUGCAGGAGCAGAUUGACAAAGUGGUAGGCCGUGACAGGCUGCCCUGUAUUGAGGACAAAGCCAGCCUGGCUUACCUAGAUGCUGUUAUCUAUGAGACCAUGCGCUAUACCAGCUUUGUACCCCUCACCAUCCCACACUCCACCACCUCAGAUGUCACCAUCGAAGGCUUCCACAUCCCCAAAGACACAGUGGUCUUCAUCAACCAGUGGUCUGUCAACCACAACCCUUUAAAGUGGAAGGACCCACAUCUUUUUGACCCCUUACGGUUCCUCGAUGAAAAUGGUGCCCUUGACAAGGACCUGACCAACAGUGUGUUGAUAUUCUCAGCAGGGAAGAGGCGAUGUAUCGGUGACCAGAUCGCCAAAGUGGAGGUUUUUUUAUUUUCUGCUAUUUUGAUUCACCAAUGCAGCUUUGAGAAUAACCCAAGUCAGGACCUCUCCUUAGACUGCUCCUAUGGGUUAACACUGAAGCCCCUAAACUACAAGAUCUCUGCCAAGCUCAGAGGAGAAUUACUUAAUGUGGCAUAAAAUCUUGUGAUUUGUGCUUUCAAACAGAGCACCCACUAAUGGACUGCAGUAAUCCAAUGCACUAUAAAAGGUAUGUACACAACAGUGAAUAGUUUUGCUUGGUAGGUACCAACCAUAAGACUUAUAUUGAUACUUAUGUCGAUACUUUACUAUUAUUAUCAUUAGCUAAACUGAUUGUUGAUUGUAUAAAUCACUUUUUGUGACAGAUAACUGAAUCGUGUUUGUUAAUUGUAUCAUUUUAUUGCACUGGCUAUACAGUUGAAGUCGGAAGUUUACAUACACCUUAGCCAAGUACAUUUAAACUCAGUUUUUCACAAUUCCUGACAUUUAAUCAUAAUAAAAAUACCUUGUCUUAGGCCAGUUAGGAUCACCACUUUAUUUUAAGAAUGUGAAAUGUCAGAUUAAUAGUAGAGAGAAUAAAUUAUUUCAGCUUUAAUUUCUUUCAUCACAUUUUUUUAUAUAUUUUUUUAUUUCACCUUUAUUUAACCAGGUAGGCUUGUUGAGAACAAGUUCCCAGUGGGUCAGAAGUUUACAUGCACUCAAUUAGUAUUUGGGACAUUUCCUUUAAAUUGUUUAACUUGGGUCAAACAUUGUGGGUAGCCUUCCACAAGCUUCCCACAAUAAGUCGGAUGAAUUUUGUCCCAUUGCUCCUGACAGAGCUGGUGUAACUGAGUCAGGUUUGUAGGCCUCCUUGCUCGCACACACGUUUCAGUUCUGCCCACACAUUUUCUGUAGGAUUCAGGUCCGGGCUUUGUGACCACUCCAAUACCUUGACUUUGUUGUCCUUAAGCCAUUUUGCCACAACUUUGGAAGUAUGCUCAGGGUCAUUGUCCAUUUGGCAGACCCAUUUGCGACCAAGCUUUAACUUCCUGACUGAUGUCUUGAGAUGUUGCUUCAAUAUAUCCACAUAAUUUUCCCUCCUCAUGAUGCCAUCUAUUUUGUAUGAUGCCAUCUAUUUUGUGAAGUGCACCAGUCCCUCCUGCAGCAAAGCAACCCAACAGCAUUAUGCUGCCACCCCCGUGCUUCACGGUUGGGAUGGUGUUCUUUGACUUGCCAGCCUCCCCCUUUUUCCUCCAAACAUAACGAUGGUCAUUAUGGCCAAGCACUUCUAUUUUUAUUUCGUCAGACCAAAGGACACUUGUACAAAAAGUAUGAUCUUUUAUGGAGCAGUGGCUUCUUCCUUGCUGAGCGGCCUUUCAGGUUAUGCCGAUAUAGGACUUGUUUUACUGUGGAUACAGAGACUUUGGUACCUGUUUCCUCCGGCAUCUUCACACGGUCCUUUGCUGUUGUUCUGGUAUUGAUAUGCUCCUUCCUGAGCGGUAUGACGGCUGCGUGGUCCCACGCAGUAUGACGGCUGCGUGGUCCCAUGCUGUUUAUACUUGCAUACUAUUGUUUGUACAGAUGAACGUGGUACCUUCAGGCAUUUGGAAAUUGCUCCCAAGGAUGAACCAGAUUUGUGUAGGUCUACAAUUCUUUUUCUGAGGUCUUGGCUGAUUUCUUUUGAUUUUCCCAUGAUGUCAAGCAAAGAGGCACUGAAUUUAAAGGUAGGCCUUCACAUACAUCCACGGGUACACCUCCAAUUGACUUAAAUGAUGUCAAUUAGCCUAUCAGAAGCUUCUAAAGCCAUGACAUAAUUUUCUGGAAUUUUCCAAGCUGUUUAAAGGCACAGUCAACUUAGUGUAUGUAAACUUCUGACCCACUGGAAUUGUGAUACAGUGAAUUAUAAGUGAAAUAAUCUGUCUGCAAACAAUUGUUGGAAAAAUUACUGGUGUCAUGCACAAAGUAGAUGUCUUAACCGACUUGCCAAAACUAUAGUUUGUAAAUAAGAAAUUUGUGGAGUGGUUGAAAAACAAGUUUUAAUGACUCCAACCUAAGUGUUUGUAAACUUCAGAGUUCAACUGUAGCACAUUUCUUACAUUUGAAAAGAGACCUCAUCCCUCCAGAUUUAUAAAUAUAUAAUGUAGCAAUUCAUGUUACAUAUAUCCCUCCUAAGUGUUUAUAGAAGUUGGGUGUAAACUCCAUCAAAGUAUUAUGCCACAGUAGAAUUCAAUAUAUUAGAUAAAUGAAUAAGAACAUAACCUAGAUAUGUGUGUGCAUAUUUCUACAUAAGUGUUACGUAAGAAUAAAACAUAUAUAUAUUGCAUGCAGACUAAGAAUAAAAUACAUAUAUAUAUAUAUAUUGCAUGCAGACUAUGUGGCCAAAUUUUAAGUAUCUAUUGUUAUACAUACAAGGGUAUUUAGUUUUGCCACCCUAAAUUUGCUAAUAUAAACUGGUGGAAUGAAUCAUUUUACUGUAAGUGCUUUGUUGUUGCAGUGAUGUGGACAAAUCAUGUGUUAGGCAGGUAUCAUGUUGCCCCUGUAGAUAUAUUUUAAGAAUUAUACCUCCUCUGACCCAUUCUGAUAUGUUUUCAUGGUGUUUUGUCUGCAUAAGUACCUACUGUAAUAACAAUUAUAAAUGUUCUGAAAUUUCAGUACACUUACAUAAUUCCAUUGUAUUAUGAUGACUUAUACAUGUACUGUAUGCGAUCUAUAGUGCCUGAGCUCCAUGCAAUAAAUCCUAUACGCCUUCUCA